AUGUCCGUUUCGGAAGUCACCCAAGCCCUAAUUAAAUGCGUUAAUUUCGCUGCUGAGAAACACAAGGACCAGCGCCGGAAAAACCCCGAAAAGACUCCAUACAUCAACCACCCCAUCGGAGUGGCCUAUAUUCUUACCAACGAAGCGAACGUAACAGAUCUGAACAUUUUACAAGCAGCUCUUCUGCACGAUACAGUAGAAGACACAGAAACAUCGUUUGAUGAAAUCGAGGUCGCUUUUGGAAGUGAGGUUAGAAAAAUUGUGGAGGAAGUCACGGAUGAUAAAACGUUGGCAAAGGAAGUAAGAAAAAGGUUGCAGAUAGAACAUGCUCCGGGAUCGUCUUAUGAAGCUAAGCUCGUAAAAUUAGCAGAUAAGUUGUAUAAUUUGAGAGAUUUGGAGAUAAGUGCUCCAGUGGGUUGGAGUGAGCAGAGGGUAAAUGAGUACUUUGAGUGGAGCAAAAAAGUCGUUGAGGGGUUAAGGGGUACAAAUUCUGCUUUGGAACGAAGUUUGGAUCAAAUAUUCUUGCGGAGAAACAUUCUAACGGUAAAUAAUUAAUUCUUUUGGAAAUAAGAGUUAAGCUUUGGUACUUAACAUAAUCUCACUUGGAAGUGAAAAUUGAAAAUAUAUAUUUACUUUGUAAAAUGAUUUAAUUAUUUUGAUACUGUGUAUGCUUUUUUGUUAUUUUUCCCUAUUGUAUAUGAAUUAAAAAACAUGUAGGUAUCCGCUUUUCAAUAAUACAGGUAGGUCAUCCUUAAUCAAUUAAUGUUGACCAUAUUUAAACUAGCGUCCCGUUACUGAGGUAAAAGUAUCUCCAACAAACCUGACAAAUAAAUGACUUCCUCAUGAAAAAUUACUAUUUAUUUAAAGACCAAAAUAAUAUCGUAAAUAAAAUUAAAUCACAACAAUAUAUACAAAAAAAUCCAUCAUGAUUAGAUGCAGUCAGUUUUAGAAAUUGAACAACAAGGAAUGUUGCACAAUAAAUUAAAUAAAUAACAAGUAUUUGACAAUAUUUAAGACAAUAUUAACUAAACACGUUUUGUAGAUCUGGUAUAACUUCUUUUGGUUCAGGCUUUUUUGAAAAUGCUAAACUGGGUAGAUCAUGAAUUUUAACCUCCUUCUUGAAGAGCUGUCCCAUACUUCUUCCAAUCAACUACAAAAAGAAAAAUCAAACCAAACCACAAUGCGAAAUUAAACUCACAUUCCCUGUAAUUUUCUUAAACAAAUCUUUCUUAACCUUUUCGACUUUAUUUCCCUUGCUGGUACUCCCCGAAAUCCUCUCGUCCAACUUUUGCAAAUCGACAGGAUUUACGCCGGGAAUUUGUUGCAUCACUCCAAGAACUUCGAGAAAAGUAGGCCGCAACAUUUCGUACAUUUGUGCCCCGAGAGUCAACAACGAUCCUUGGUUGGCUUCGUGUUGACCAUGUAAAGUUAAAGCGUUCAAAACAGACGCCAUUAUAUGUGCUGCCAUCUCUCCAUUUAACGAGUUAUCAGAAACUAGCUGUCUCACUAUAGGUCCUGUUAAGUAGGUAGCUUUUAAUGAAGCGUUGCUAUCGAUCCACGAGAGCGCCCCCAAGACUGCCAAUACUAUGGACUGACAAGUUUUUUCGCUUCGAAGUAGUACCAAACCUGCGGAGCAAAAACUUGUAGAAAAAACUAAUACACAGUGUAUAAAUAACCUAAAUCUGAAAUAACUUCAGUCGUCAUAUUCGAACGAGUUGGUGGCGGUGGUGUGGGCGAGUCCAUACUCAGAUCUUCAGUUUCCAUAUUUUCCGAGCUUGAUUCAGGAGUAAGACCCCCUCCAACUAGCGCCACCUUUAAUACGUCUAGAUAUUCACGAGUUAGCGCUCUUGUGAGUAUGUCUUCUAAUACUUCUUGAGUGUCGGCAUUGUCUUCUUGCGCUUCCCUGUUGCGAAAUUCGUUGACUUGUAGCCACUUGGUGUGAAGUCGGGACAGCACUAAAAACAUGUAAUGUUGAAUUAAUCAAAAAGCAAAAACAACUAAGCCGUUCCUCUUCAAUGCAGUACGAUCAUUGUACUAUUAGCUAUGACGUGAAACAUUUUCCAAAAUUAUAUGAAACUGGACUGGGACCCAAUAAAAAAGGCGUCGUCAUAGACUAAUGACACGCAGACAUGAAAAUAAUUCAUUAAAAAAAGAUACUUACUCAAAGGAGCGAUAUGAGCAAUGAUCGGCAGAAGUACCGCCUCGUAAAAUGGUGUAGGGCACGAAUAUAUAAACGGCUUCAAAAACACUCUUAUAAUAGGUCUCAUCCUGUAAUCCGGUAUAUACUAAAACAAACCACAUCAAAACCCUAUAUCCCCCCACCACAACCCACCUCACCUGCAAACAAGCCAACACACUAUUGAUUAUUGCUAAUCCUAUAUCCGGCAAGGUGUACAAAUCCCUGCCCAACGAAGGCCCCAUGGAUCCGAUCAUGUGAUAGCAGCUCUCGUGCAACCCGAACAGGAACCUCUGCAUCCUCUCCAAUGGACUCUGUACCACCUGUGCCUCCCCCAGAUCAGCCGCCGCGUGCCCGAUCAGCCCCAGCAAGUUCGACUUCUCCGUCUCGAGCAUGCCCAGGCAGCCCUUGUAAUUCUCGUGGAUGAGGUUCUGAGCUUCGCACGUGAACAGUUCGUUGAAGAUGCGGAUCAGCGAAAGGAGGUCUGGCAGCAGCGGCACGACGUGAGGUGCCGCCGGGUUGCGGCAGACCGGGUUGCCGGACUCUGUGAGGGCGACCACAAAGCCGCCGCGCGUGGCGCGCUCGGGGUCUUCCGGCCAGGAGCAGCGCUUGAUAGCGCCCAGCAACAAGUUCACGCAGAAGACGAUGCUGCUACGGUUAUGGCCGUGUGGGUUCUCGGUGUGCGGAGCGACAGGCGGCUUGUCGAGACCGACGAAGGAGAUUAAGUCACCAGCGCUCUUGAAAGCCCCGGACGAGACGAUGGCGCGCCACUGAGCAUUGGCCUGGAAAGGAAAGAAGUGUUUCAGAUGCUUCAUUACGCUCGAUCAGGCGAUCAAAAUAAUUUAUAAUCGAGUCAUCUUUGGAACAGAAUCCGUCGUAUCUUCUCUGAAAUAAUAUAAUUAAUGCUAUUUUUAACAAAAUUAAUUUUAUAAUAAUUUAUAAACCUAAUAAAAUCAUUACAAUCUCA